AUGGAGAUUGAUUGUUGCAUUUCAGCAUUUAAAACAGAAAGUACACAUUCGUUAUAUCCACUAGCAAUGUUUUCAUCAUCAGACAUGUUGAAUCCAUUUGCAGAUCCUACAACAGCAUUAAAUAAUUCAUCACAACAUUCACAACAUAUUACUAACAGUACUACUGAUAAUAGUAACAAUAAUAAUAAUAAUGUUACUACAUCAACAUUAACUGAAGAUUAUCAUGGUAACAAAUCUAAAUUAAUCAAUGAAAAAGAUUAUAUAUUAAAUGAUGAAAUGUUUCAUACACAUUCAAAUGUCAAUUUUGAUGUUACUGAUAAUCGUGGAUUGUCAAUUCAGUCUCCAUUUCCAAAUGCAACAAAAAGUCGAAAUAACAAAUUUUUAUCAUAUCAAAAUAUUAACUCAAAGCAUAAUCGUUCUGCUGGAACAGUAUCAAGUGUUGAACAUUAUGAAGAUUUCGAAACUAUCGAUUGGGUCAAAGAUGUUUCACGUGAUCGAUGUCGUCAUCGGGAACUGCAUUUAAACAGAAAAACAUGCUGUGGUGCAAUUAAAGCCUGUUGGGAUUCUGCUUCUGGAUGGUUUUGUGUUUUAUGUGUUGGUUUGUUAACAGGUUUCAUUGCUUGUAUCAUUGAUAUUGGUUGUACUUGGAUGUCUGAUUUAAAAGAAGGUGUUUGUCUAAAUGCAUUUUGGUUUAAUCGUGAACAAUGUUGUUGGUCAUCAAGUCAAGCGGAUGAUGUGUGUGAUCAGUGGUAUUCAUGGUCUCGUCUUUUUAUCAAUAAAGAUCCAACUGGUGAAUAUCCAGAUGCUUAUUUUGUUGGUUAUUUAUUCUACAUUAUUUAUGCUGUAUUAUUUGCUUUAGUUUGUGUCUUCCUUGUUCGUAUGUUUGCUCCAUACGCUUGUGGUAGCGGUAUUCCUGAAAUUAAGACUAUCCUUGGUGGAUUCAUUAUACGCGGUUACUUGGGGAAAUGGACUCUUCUGAUAAAAUCAAUUGGCAUGAUACUUGGAGUAGGUGCUGGUUUAAAUCUUGGUAAAGAAGGACCUAUGGUUCAUAUGGCUGCGUGUGUUGGAAAUAUAUUCGCUCAUUUCUUUCCAAAGUAUGGUCAAAAUGAAGCUAAGAAACGUGAGAUUCUUUCAGCUUCUGCAGCUGCUGGAGUAGCUGUGGCAUUCGGUGCACCCAUAGGUGGUGUUCUCUUUUCACUUGAAGAAGCUAGUUAUUAUUUCCCAAUGAAAACAAUGUUUCGAUCAUUUUUCUGUGCUAUGGUGUCAGCGAAUGUUUUGCGUAUCCUCAAUCCAUAUGGUAGUGAUAAUAUGAUUAUGUUUUAUGUUGACUAUCAAGCACAAUGGCAUGUGAUGGAAUUGAUUCCAUUCGCUUUGCUUGGAUUACUUGGAGGUAUUUUUGGUACAAUAUUCAAUCGAGCAAAUCUCUACGUAUGUCGUUUACGUAAAACUACCUGGUUAGGUAAAUAUCCUGUUCGUGAAGUACUAGUUGUUACAUUAAUUACCGCUGUCCUAUCAUUUCCACAUACUUAUCUUCGUAUGAAUACUAGUGAACUAAUUAAACUUUUAGUUAGUCGAUGUUCACCAGGAUCUGAUUUCUCUCUCUGUGAUUAUCAUUAUAAUACAAGUGAUCCAAUGACUAAAGUUUAUCAGAAUUAUCCUGCUGGAUCAUCAUUAUCCACAGCAAUGGUAUUAUUGGCAAUUGCAUUGAUUUUAAAACUUAUUCUCACUGUUUUCACAUUUGGUAUCAAAGUACCGACUGGUUUGUUUAUUCCAUCGUUAGCGGCUGGUGCUAUUAUGGGUCGAAUGUUAGGUAUAGCUACUGAACAACUGGUUGUAGCGCAUGCAUCACAUCCAUUUAUUGUGAAAAUGUGUAAAUCAUCUCAACCAUGUAUUAAUCCAGGACUUUAUGCUAUGGUUGGUGCUGCAGCUACUCUUGGCGGUGUAACUAGAAUGACUAUAUCAUUAGUUGUAGUUAUGCUUGAAUUAACUGGCGGACUGAAUUAUAUUAUUCCAUUAAUGAUUGCAGCUAUGGUUAGUAAAUGGACUGGUGAUAGAUUAACCAAUGGUAGUAUUUACGAAGAGCAUAUCCGUUUAAAUGAUUAUCCAUAUCUAGGAUCGUAUGAUGAAUUAGAUAAUACACUAGUUGCUGCUGAUGUAAUGUAUCCACGUAGAGAUUCAAAUUCUCCUCUGUAUGUUGUGACACAAUAUGAUAUGACAGUUGGUGAUUUAGACCAAUUAGUUAGUGGAUGUGAUGUUAAAGGAUUUCCUGUUGUUGUUUCACAAGAUUCACCAUAUCUAGUUGGUUGGGUGUCCAGAAGAGAAUUACGUUGGGCUUUAGAUCGUGAAAGAAAAUAUGAUCCAACUAUUGUCGAUGAGUCACCAGUUCAUUUUGCUGCAUUUCAACAAAUAUAUGCAGAUGAUCAUCAUGAAUUGACACCUGUCAACUUACAAAAUAUUGUUGAUUUGUCUCCUACAACAGUAUCGGACCAUACACCGAUGGAAACAGUUUUGGAUUUCUUUAAAAAGUUAGGUCUUCGACAAAUCAUUGUUACACGUAACGGAUGUCCUCUUGGUAUAUUAACUAAAAAGGAUAUACUUCGUCAUGUUCGUCAUCACCAUCCAAAUAACCAUUGA